GUGAUUCGUACACAUCAAGCACGACCGGACAUAGACUUGGCGCUGUGCUACCCUUGCCCGUCUUGCACAUGCAAUUUUCUCGUCGCUGAACGUUGCCGUUUGUUGAUCCGUACUUAUUGCAUCCGUAGCAGCACGUUUCUUCAAGCUGCCUACGUUCACAACAACUCAUUCUCCUGUUCAAACCACCCAUCAAGCUCGUAACACCAGACACACAAUGGCAUCUACAUUCUUCUCACCGUUGAGGUCUUUCAAUCGAAAUCGCACCCAGCCUACUGUCCGGCCCCGCGUGUCCAUUCGGUGUGGAGCAGUGAUCAUUUUUGUCAGAUGCUGGACGGCGACGUUUUUAUUUUUGUCUACUACCGGAAAAUCUUCAGUCUUGCGCGCCGCAAGUUGUGGAGGCACAGCUGCAGCAAAUUCCCCAGCAGCUCCCAGUACUACAACUGCGGACAAAGAUGAGGCGAAUUUAGGUGCAGAGGUUGAAUCGGUCACGAAAGAAGCAGCUCAUUCCGCAGAGGACCACUACCUUCAUCCGGAAGGACUCGUCAAAGAGCAGCACCUCGCUGGUAGUUCCGCUUCCCCCUCGCUGUCGCGGGGUUUGGCGCCGAAGCACCGCGUCCUUUCCAGUCGCCGCCCGCGCUGGAGCGACGAGUUGGUUGACGUGGUAGAACACCAGUCAGGUGCUGGAGCCGACGUGGAAGAGGCAGAGGAGGGCCAUCUUCAUGUUGCCGGAGGACUUGAAGAUUACUAUGUGCCCCCGGGAGGUGAAAACGGAAAUCCCAUUCAAGACCAGCUGCAUCUACCUGGGGCCGCUCACCCCUCCAAAACCGGAUCGCAGUCGCUCCUAGUCUCGCAUGAUGAAGCUAAUAACUCGGCAGACGACACAGGAAAUUAUGGCCCUCGUGAGCAGCAGGAGCAGCACCAACGCAAAAAUCCAGUCCGUCGUCGGCGUGCGAAAGAGGCCUGGAACUACAACAGGCAAGACAGUAGUUACAGCAACCAGCACAGUCCUUGUGACGGGGCCACGUCCUCCCGAUGGCCGUCUUCCCGGAAGGUAAAAGUGAACGAGGACGAGCUGUCUCCAGAGCAUGAUGAGGAAGAGGUUCGAGCAAUAUUAAGCCCGCGAAGGAAAACACCAAUAGAACCCCCACAGCGUGCAGAGGAAUCAUGGAAGCAGCAAUGCCGUUGGACGUCGCCCACUAGCGGUUGCGGCAAAGAUUACGAGGAGCAGAACUACAGCUGCGCUGGCGGCGAACUUGUACAGAGGAGCAGCCACAAAGCGUCGAAAAGCUGGACCUACAACAAGGGCAACGGGCCACAGAGGAGUCGUGCUGCUACGUCGUCGUCCUCCAAUUGUGGCGGGUGGGGUGGUACUCGCGCCCCUGCGAUGGUGAACAGGGCCUCUUCGUUCCAACAAACUAUAACUACGCAUCCCCGGUCUAUUUCCGAAGUGCCACCAGCGGAUCCAGUUCCACCAGAUUGGCAUGCCUACUCCACCGGUCCGCGACAGUGGAAAAACCAUCAUCCGCAGUCUAGAAAACACGCAACAACCCCACCUCAAAGGCCCUAUCACAACCGCAACACCGCACGACAGCAAGCUCCUCGGACGGGCGACCGCAGAAACCCACCACUUCCGCAGUAUUUUCAGUGCAAUGAUUCAUCGACUAAUAUUACGUCAGCACAGGAGCGCGGUUGUGCAAACAGAUUUCUACACCAACCAGCUGCGGCUGCGGACUACUUCCAGUGCACCUCCAGCGACCCAAGAAUGAUCGGAGCAAGAAGCACAAUCGCAGCUGCACCUGGAGCCACUGCCGCUCUUCCUCUUGCGACGUACAGCUGUAACAAUUUUGCACUUUUCCCGGCGGGGAGCGUUGCCUGUCUUCCCGUGGGCGGCGUUGUAAUAUGACCUGCUCAGCUGUUACAAUCUCAAACGUUACAACAGAAUAUGAAAAUCUGUGAUGCAAGAAGUGCAUGAUCUACUCUACUGCUCCCACAGGAUUGCGCAUGACAAGCUCUGGAGCCCCAAUCCGCACUAGAAUCUGGCGAAAUUUGUAUUGCAAAACGUGGAACGCCGUGCGCGUCUGUUAUGCUCAUCAUGCAGCACAAAACCCAGGCUCUAUUGUAACAUUUGAGAUUGUAACUUUUGAGCAGGCCAUAUGUGAUGCCGCAACCUUCUGAAACUUUUUGGCAUCAUUGUGACACACAACAAGAAGCGCGCCCGGCACACGACCCGCAGAGCAACUUCUUCUACGCGCAAGAGCUAUUUUUGAACCAGCACGAACAGCCAGCCGUGGCGGUAGACGGAAGUACUACAGAAGUUUUUGCCCAUCCUACUACAGCACCGUCAACAGCACCAGGGCAAGAAGGUUGUGUCUUCUCGUUCCCUUGUUCAUCGCAGGGGCCAGUGGGACGAGGUGUUGCCGUUGCGGCACCUCCAAGUAGUGCCCCCGAGGAUGAUCAUCAAGCUGGUUCUCCUUUACGCACGCCCCCGGCUUCGGCAACGGCGGUGUACCAGUGGACAGAUUAUAUGGGGGAGGACCGGAGUUGUACUACUACUAGAUUUGGCCAACAUAGUGCAUCAAAUUCCGCCGGUCCUCUUCACGAAGCGCACGAUUUUCUGCAGAAGAGAGGAGAAAAUUUACUAACUGCAGAGCAAGGAGGACGGCAAGAGCAGAGCACGACAGCAUUCUCUGUUCCGAGCGUUUUCUACAGCACAGCUAACAGUUAUUUCGCCACUCCAUUGGAAGAUGUUUGUUUCCCGACUUCGAGAACAACCGACUUGGCAGUUAGUAGAGCGGCACCAGAGCAAGCAAGUAGCGGUAGUACUGCAGGAGCCGCUUUUACUUCGUCAUCUUCUGCGGCUCCUCGUGCAGCCGGAUCUGUAGUACAGCACCAAGGAGAUCAUGCUGUGCCUCCGACAACAGGAACAGACAGCGACUCGUUCUAUCCUGAGUAAAAACGUACCCACACCAGAGUUGUAAUGCAGAUUCGCAAAGACAGGAAGACUUGUAAUGCGCAUCCCCAUGAGACCCAUUUCCAAUCGUGUUUUGGAAUUUGUGAUGCUGUGAACAGGAUGAGCAGAUGAAUCUGUGACGCGGCUGCACUUGCUAACCUGCACUAAGCUGCAUAGUGCAACUUGUCAUGCGUGACUCACAGAUAGGAAUGUGAAGUGGGUGGGGCCGUUUCCGCCCCCGUUGCUGGUGCUGGUGCUCCGGGGUGGUUGGCUAUGUCCUACAGUUGUAUUGGUGGCGUUUUGUGUGAGGAGUAUAGUGGGGAGUGCCUGGUCCAUAGGGCCCGGGGGGGGCGGCGUCUUCGGGUUGAUCAAUUCACCUGAUACACAAUGUCCCGCCCGCAGUAGCGCAGUCUGUUUAUGUCAUGCGUGACUCACAAAACUCCUAGGUUUGUGUUGCAAAAUCCUCAUCCUGACUCUGGUGUGGGUACGUUUUUACUCAGGAUACGUUCGGGACUACCAUUAUUCUCGAGCAGGAGCCGUGUCAAGACGAAAGAGCCAGCGGGGAUAGGGAAGUGCUGGCAGGCUUGUCAACAAUAAUGAGGACCUUCUCUUCACCUGUGUCUCCUGUAUCCUGUGCAAAAGUAUCGUACUUGUGCUAAUUGCUUUUACGCAUAUAAAAAUCUUUUUUUAAGGUAGAUCCGCAUUACAAAGUUUAUUUCUCACGCUGAGCUAAUUUGUAUUGCAAUUUAAACUAGUCCUAGUGCGAUGAUUUUGAAGUUCAUAACCUGCUGGACGUAGCAACAACUGGUCCCCAGAGCAGGAUCAAGAAGUGGGGCGGACAGAACCAGAAGGUGGUCGUCACGACCCUGCUUCACAACCUUUUCAUCAACAAGGACCACAAGAACAGAAGCAGUCCCCAAGAAGAAGUGCCGCCGCCCAACGUAAAUCAGAAUUCGCAAUACUCCGGCCGGACCGGCUGCGUUUUCUGUCGACGAAGCCGGAUCCCAGGUUUGCGGAGUAUCCUGUGUAAAAACGUCCGCACCCCAGCGUUGUCAUGCAAAUCUGCAUGCUCUAAAUGUUUGUCAUGCGGAGCCCCAUGAGAAGCAUUCUCUGGACGUGUUUUGGAAUUUAUAAUGCGCCAAUCAGCAUGAUAUGAAUACUAGAUCUGUGAUGCUGCUGAACUACCUCAAAGAAACGGCACUACACUCCGAGUCCAAAUUUGUCAUGCAAAACAGCCAAAACUUGUGGACUUGUCUAGCCGAUUCCCCAUCGUGACUAUGGGGUGGGGACGUUUUUACAUAGGAUACGGAGGAGACCGGGUUCUCUGUGGGGGACGUGGUGGACUAUGGUGUUGAAGUUUUGCAAUGAAGAUGAAGUUUCGCCGCGGUCGUGUCUUCUACAUGCUGUAAGUACACGAAAAUAACUGUGAGCCGAAUAAGUACUAACCAAUUCUUGUACUGUAGUACCUACGAGCCGCAAGCGGACCACCGGCGCAGCGAUAGUUACAACAUGGCGCAGGAGCUGACGCGAUUCUACUCGUGCGGGCUCGCGAUUCAAUUUACCACCUAAUUCGACACUGCUUCUUCACCUACUAAUUCCAAAGAACAGGCGGGCUCGGGCACCGGUAAAAGCCGGUGGGAAGAGCAAUCUCCUGCAACCUCUUCUGCGAAAGUAAAAAUUUGGAAUACCAUCUCCAAUGCCGAUGCGCAACAUUGUCUUUCUUGAGAAUACAGCAGAGCAGAUGAAGUAAAAGGUACAAUUUUUCUGAAGGAACAAGAUCAAGAGGAGAGGUCUCUUAGCACACAAAGUUGCCUGCUUCUACUUGAUCAGCUGUUUGUGGGCGUCGUGUAGUCGCUUCACGACUUCUCAUUUUUGCAGCAUUCGGAUGUUGUACUUCGAGUUCGACGUGCGAUCCACCGGUGCUAUGGAACAUAACUUUUUUCGUUGGAAAUGAUCAAGAUCGAGAUCAGCCAAGCAGAAGUCGCCUCAGCACCAACAUCAAUCAAAGUGAGAGCAGUCACUCGGUCUGAUCUUUGAAAUCCAGACAAAAGUAGCUUUAAUAUCGAUCAACCUGCCGGUCUAAAGUAUGAUGAAGAUCCAGAUCGGAAAUCAGUCGGUAUUUGCUCCUCCAGCAAGGCAGAGGUCGCGUUCUACCUUGCGAUGAAGGUGGUUGGUUCGGAAAAUAAAACAGGCGAACUAAUCAUCUUCCUUUUGCGAAUUCAAGAAACGCAAGGGGGCAAAGGACGUCGAGCUAUUCCUAGGUCAACCUCAAGAAGGUAAAAAGAAAUAAAAAGACGGGGCUGAUUUGUAUCGGUAGUGCAAGUGCAAGUUUUGAAUCAUGUGUGCCACGCCUGUUGCUCUGCUUGACGUAAUCUUAUACGUAUAUUUUUUCCCGAUUCAUUUUCAUCAUUUCCACCCACCAGGCUCCGUUCUCGAACGUCCUUGAGGAUAAGUUUUGAACAGUAAAAGCCCCAACUUCCGCACAUCAUUUUUCCGUUUUGAAUCGCGUCGCUCCAUCAAAGGACAACUUCGACUAGUAUCUUUCCCGUGCACAAAACUACGAAGGCAGUGUUUUCAUAUUCAUUCUACUGAAAAAGCAAGCAGCUUUAUUUUUGACAGAGCCCCCGACCACGAGAACUGGGACGAGUAUUAAGGUUGAGAAGUAAAAACUUACAGCAUUACUUCAGCACAUUGGGCGCAGCGCAGCCUUAGAAAUCUGAAGUCUACAACCCACAUCCACGGAUCAGAGGCAAAAAUGGUGCUCCAUCCCCGGAGUAAGAGUUUCGUUUUCCGCGGUUUGCUUUCCACCAUGCUGCUACACGAAGUGGUUGUUAAUUAUAAGCAUACCGUCGUCGACGCAGCUGGUCUAUCUGGUGCCAGUCAAGCCUUUUAUGCUUUACCUCCUCAAGGAUCGAUCGGAGGGAGCAGGGGGCGUUCAUCAUCAAUCUCGCGGAAGUUCCCGUGAAUCCACCCCCGAGGGCUCAGCACCUUCCGCGUCGGACGUUCAUCAUGUUCACGGGCCGCGGGGUCCUCGACGAUGUGGGGGACAAGGCUCUACAGCGAGUGGCCCUAGGAGCCCAGGCCGUGGUGCGCGAGGACCACUACUUCCGCCUUCUACCACGACGGAGGUCCCCGUGAGUGGCCCAACUACUUCCGCUCGUCUGCCGGAACUGAAGCGCAAGGUUUUGGUGCUCUGCGCGACCGCAGGCAGUAUCGCGGGCAGGGUAUACUAUGAGGAUUUUCUACGUCCAUAUGCGGCGCAAUUCGCUCAGGAUCCUUCCCUUGCCGUCUUCGACAACCUCUAUGAUUCAGGAGAAGAGCACCAGCACACCACAACCCAUAUGACCAAAAAAGUAAAAAUUUCUCAUGCUCAACGCGACUGAAAGUGAAAUAUGAAAAGCAAAACAGCUCUUGCAACUGAGUCAGCGAGCAGAGAGGUAAUCUUUUGUCCUGUGUUGAGAUGCAGACGACGCUGAGUUGGAAAUGAAAUUGGGAUUACAUAUACAAACGGUGAUAAAAAAUUAAUUUCUAUCUAGGGCUGCACUCGGACGAACCGUAGGCGUUUAGUGACGCCAAAUCCAAAAGUAUUUAUAUUAUGACAAAUCAACUUUGAAUGUGGUUUGCUUGAGUUUUUCUGUGUGAUAGCCCCGAGCCGACCUACAUCGUGUCCAAAGAAACGGCCGCCCAUCCAGUUCGCGAACCUGGGGUGGGAUUAGCGGACAUCGCAGUCUUCAAACGUCUGCGAGAUCAAGACGCUUCGCCAAUAUGCAUUGCAAAUUGGUCUGGGCCUGGACGAAACUUCUGAUGCUGAGCUUCCAAGUGCAUCCAAGCAUGAGAUUUUUUUUGCAACGCUUUCUCCUUCUCGUUUCGUAUGUACAUACGCGCAUAAGCAUAUACAAACUGCGUUUCGUUUCCGUUUGAUACGAAACUUCGCUGUUGCUGCUCGUUGAAGUUGAACACAGAUUAUUGAUGAAUUUGCCGGACUAUUUUUGCCAGACAAGCGUCAGAAGUUCCUCCUUUUUAUCCCAGAUCGGUAGUGGCAAUGCAUAGCCUAUUCGCGUUUCGACCUUGACGGAUGACACGACUGAGCGCGAAAUUCAGGAGACUGCAUGUUGGGGCGCGGGUCCGCAGGGCUAUCAUGCAGUGAUCGAUGAGUAUUGCAACUACAACGCGGAUGCCCCUUUUAGCGAGUUCAUGACCAACCUCGUUACGCAGGCAAUUUACAAAAACUGCCUCCAGCCCGGCGGGUCUCUCGCCAUGCCGGAAAACCGGCCACAGGAAUGGCAAUGCGUUCCGUCGAGCUGGGAAAAAAUCGCCGUUCGUGCCGGAAAAUCGCAUGGCGAUCCACUCCGCAAACUUUUUAUCAACAAGGAGCAGCCGGGUACAUCAUCAGCAAGGGGCUGCCCUAGUAGGUUUACUACAUCUGAAUCCACCUCUAGAUGCCUGCUACAGUAGCAGGUAGACCGAAGGGCUUCUUCGUGCAAGCGUCGUUUUUGCGAUAUGGAACAAACUGGGCGAUGAAAUGUGGCACCGCCAAACCCUGCUGUCGUGUCCUGAGACUCAGCGCUGGGCGUUCCAUGUUUGAGAGCGGCGCAGGGGAAGAUAUGAUGAAGCAGACAUCAUCCGGCUGUGCGGAAAGUAUGUGAUAAAGCAGAUAUCAUCCGGCGAUUAGAUGUAGAUGUAGCACUCGAAGUAUUCUGUAUAUUCAAUGCUGUUGCAUUUUGGCUCAAGGUCCUUAAUAUACCAACCCCUCCGGGGGGGGCCCGCUGAGCAGUUCACUAUCACGACAGCGACCCCGUGAAGGAUAGACUAGUGUAGAAGCUGCAAUUUUAUUGACAACUUGAAUCAGUAGGAACACAAUCCAAAAGCUUUAAGAUCCAAAGACCACAAAGAUACAAAAGUUGCACGAUGAAAAAAUAAAACGCUCAGCCUAAGCCUCGCCAAGAGCCCUAGUAGAAGAAUUAUAGUCAGACCGUUCUUACGCAUCUGUGCCUCUCUUGAACUGCGACCAAUUUUUACCGAAGUAAGACACAUUUAGACCUACACUGCACCCCAACGCUCACACACACUGCAACUUUAUUUCGCUUCUGCACCAUAAGAAGCAUCAUCGUAAGAAACGCACAAACGUCUCAAAAUGGCCAAACCAGAAAAGAAGGGCAAGGGCAAGAACAGGAAGGGCGGCGGAAAGAACAAAGCCGACCAGCCGGCCGUUGCCCCGACCCAGACCAAGGCCUUCACCCGCGCGCAGUACGACACUGCGGUCUUGAAAGCUCGCAACAUUGUGUCCAUCCACGGUGUGGAUUGGCUACCUCUCGCUGAGUGGAAGGAGGAAAGAGCCGAGGAGGAGAAACGCGCCGCAGAACAAGCCGAGAAUGGCGCGGCUGCCAGCAGUAGUAGUGCAGUACAGGCGGCGCGACCGCCUUUCUCCCCGGGACACACGAAGAACUCGACUUCCACCUCGAUCAUCACAAUUUCGCAGAUGAAAUUCCCGGACAUAGUCGACAAGUGGAAGGAGAAGUUCAUUGAGACCGUCGGCGACGCAGUUUCGCACGCUAAAGUCAUAGAGGGCGAAAACGUGCAGGAGCUGCAAGAGGACGACGACGGUAAGCUGCAGCUGGUCGAUCUAAUGGACGAAUACGGGGAUGAAGACGAGAAAAAGAGCGACCGGUUGGCGGAGGAGAUGGCGCAAGCCUUUCGCCGCAUCGAGCCGGACUUUAUCGCCAGCAUUGCAGUUUUCAAGUCGGGGUGGAUUGAGGUGAUGCUGAAGCCCAACAGUGAGACGAUGAAGCUGCGCAGUUUGGUGCAGAGCCGCAAGAGAAACGUCACGAAGCAGCACUUGACCUCCCUGCAGGUCAAGGAGCAUAUCGUCCGCAACCCGGAGGACACACUGAAAAAAGAGCGAAAAAUCACGAACCGGGCGGAAGAGGACGAGAAGAAAGCGAUGGAAGGGAUCGAGGAAGGAGACGAAGAGGGCGAGGGUGACAAAGCGGAUCCGUCCGCAAAGCGGCCCAAGAACGGGGCGCAGGAAGACACGUCUUCCCCCUCACCCGCCGAAGCCGAAGAUCCCGGGGGCAACAAGGAGAACAAAUUGAAUAAGCGGACCAGGAGCAAGAGUACGAAUAAGAAAAACAAAAAAGACAAGACGACCAGUGGUGGCAGCGGGACCAGCACCACUGGCGGGGCCACAAACACCACGAAAAAAGCGGAGGAGAAGCCGAGGCGGAUCAUCGCCGGCGGUUCGAGGCGACGUUGAUCUGCGCCGCGCAGAUCGCCAUUUCUUCUGCUGAGUACUUCUCUCUCCGGAGCACGCAAAUUAGAAAUUCGACACCUCUGUGGGGCGAGUAAGCGAGGCCGCGGCUGUUGUUAUAGCCAUGGCGUAGAGCAAGAUCGUUUUCAUCUGUCCCGACCGAAAUUAACCAAGAGACCGAACCAACGAGCGACGAAGAUUAUCCCAGGGCGGGCCCAGCGGGUCAGCCCUUGCAUUUGCAACCAAGAAGUCCCGGCACUUUGCCGGUUUUUACUCUGAAGGAAGAUAGCUGAACGUGGAGCGGAAUAAUGGCGCACACAAGCCUUGACUUGUGAGCACGACGCACAGAAGGCGCGUCAUUCAGACAAUCGGAUCGCCAAUCCGUUUGUUCUUAUUGCAGGCUUAAUUGUGACACUAUCCGCGAAUGAAGUAAGAGCGUCCCCCGGGCGCGGUUUUUAACAGUGACGAAAGAAGAAUUUGCGUUCGAUCGGGAAUUCGAAGCUAUUAGCAUCAGUACUAUACGCGACAGAAGAAGUAAUUUUUUAAUCUAUCUAGAUUUUUCCUUGCCGCCGGAAGCGGGGCAGAGAGAAACUUCUGGACGUUGAGCGGGCGGAGGGAAGAGCACUGAGCGGUCGGCGGGAAGCGUCGGGUUGCAUCAGGCGGAGAGAGCGUUUUUUCUUGCUCGAGAGAAGCUACACCUGCUUCGAGAGUUGGCUCAAGGAGUGCGGCUCAAGCGGGAAGUGGCUCAAGCGGAGCGGAACAACAACAACUACGACCCGACUCAAGAUGGACCACGAAAAACAACCACCGAGAAACCACACAAACGCCGCGCAGUCAGCUCCCCUGCAGGGGGAGCUCCCCAGCAGCGGCAGCAGUGCCAAGAGCACCGGAUGGGAAGCUCCCGCCCGAGACUGGCGGACGACGGCGAAAACGAAAACCAAAACAACAAAGAGGAUAAGGCUGGGCACAUUUAACGUCAGGACGCUUGGGAAACGCGACGAAGGUCGCGACGUUUGGUCGGUGCAGCUUCUUUCGCUCGUGGACGACGCGAAGCGGCAGAAGCUGGAUGUAGUGCUGCUACAAGAAACAAAAACUCGCGAGUGGCUUGUGGGAGAACAAUGGCCGGGCGGAUGCAGAGCGUAUGGUGGGGGAGCGACGUCGAAUUCAAGCGGGGCACCGGUAGGAGGCACCGUAAUAGUGAUCAGAUCGGGAAUAAAAGUCGAGGACGUCAGCGACACACAGCAGGCGAGGUUGGUCCGGGUUUCGAUCCGGGGCGGCUUCGGGAAGAGAGUGCACAUUUACAGUGUGUACGCCCCCACCAACACAGCAGCAACAGAGGCAAAGCAGAACUACUACGACCUGGCGCGGGAGGAGAUGCAGCGACACAGUAGAUACGACGUCGCCAUCCUUGGCGGCGAUCACAACUGUGAAUUGGGGGGCCCAGAGACGGAGCUUGCAGACGCAGGCUUAAGCUAUGUAGUUGGAAGAUGUGGGCUUACCAGCGAUUUUGUUCUCCGCUCGGAUAAUCGCGAAAGGCUGCACGCCCUGGCAGCGGCAAACCACCUGGUCGACCUUUCGAGCCUCCAAAGAAAGAAAUGGAGCCAGCGGCACACCUUUGAGGGGGAAUGGAAGUCGGAGGGCGCGCGGAGGCUGCGCGAAUAUGAUAGGUUUUUGGUCUCGUUUCGAGACAAGGGCCUUUUCGAAAAACUGCGUGUAGUGCGGGGAACUGCAGUGCAGGGCGACCACUGCCUAGUGGUGGUGGAGAUGAAGCUGGGAGCAAUAAAGCAACCGGUGGUGAGGAAGAUCCCCCCCCAGAUCAUCAGGAGCAAGGAGAAAGCACAGGCAGCAGACAACUUACUAGCAACAAAAUACACCCCGGAAGCCAUCGCGCAAAUAGAAGAGGGGGAAACAAGCGCGGCGGCCUUUUGGUCGCAAUUUCAGAAAGACCCCCGCACGACCCUCGACAAGCUGAACAAUCUGACCCCGGCCGGACCGCGCAAGCCGUGGAUCACGGCAGAAACCUGGGGGAAGACCGAAGAGCGAAGACGGGCGAAGCAGCAAAAGAAGAAGGUGACCGGGCUAACCAGGGAGAUCAAUAAGUUGGUGAAACGCGACCGAUUAGCAUGGGUGGCAGACAAAGUAGAAUCUCUCAGGCGGGCAGACCAAUGCGGCAAUACGAAAAUGGUGUAUGAAACAGUGCGCCAGCUCGCAGGGCGGGGGAGACAGAGACCGCAGGAACUGCCCGGCCCCCCAGAAGCCUGGACGGAAUUCUGGGGGGGCGUGUUCGGGACGGAGAGACCAACAGCACCACCCAACGUCCAGCAAACAAAAACGUGGAAAAGGUGCGCGGCAGAACUAGAAAAAGACGAGACGGCGAAAGCAUGGCGCAGCGGCUUGGACGAAAUUCCGACCGAAGCCGAAAUUGUUGCCGCGCUCCGAGAGCUGAAGCGGGGCAAGGCCUUUGCAGGCCCAAUCCCGGCGGAAUUCGCACGUGAGUGCCCGACGGCGCAGGCCGUACUAGUGUCCCUAGUGCGCCGCAUAUUCAGAGGGGACGACAUUCCCCCUGAAUGGGGUGAGGCGGUAGUGGCGAUGCUUCACAAGGACGGGGUGAAGCGGGACCCGAAGAACUACCGACCCAUAGCCCUGAUAACCCUGGGCGAGAAGUUGCUCGGCUUGCUUGGUAAUCCUGCGGCGGAUCGAAGACGAGGCCAACAAGCACAUGAGCCCAAAGCAGAAGGGCUGCCGCCGCGGGCUGUCCUGCCGGCACGCAGUCUUCCAGUUGUUGCGGGACAUAGAGAAGAACAACAGGGAGGGGCGCCGGGCCUACUACACGUUUAUAGACUUCCAGAAAGCUUUCGAUAGCCUCGCGUGGUCGGUCUUGUUCCCCAUUUUGAGGAAGCAGGGCCUACCAGAAAAUGUCUGCAAAGUGGUGCAAAACAUGUACCAAAAGUGCGCGCAGGUAGUCACACGACUGGGCGACAACAAGAGCGCCCCAGCGUUCAAGCAAAAGAGCGGGAUCAGGCAAGGGAGCGGCCUGAGCCCGCUCCUUUUUGCGUUAUGCCUGGAUUGGGCGAUACGACAACUCGCCAAGACGAUGGCGGAAGAGUACGGGUGGACCGAAGACGAGGCGUGGGCACACGCCCUGACCUGGUUGGGGUUCGUCGACGACCUCGUCGUCAAAGAGGCCAGCAGGGCGGCGGCGGAGUUUGCGCUCCGCGAAUUGGCGGCUGCGUGCCGCUUCGUCGGCCUGGAGUUGAACGUGAAAAAGACGAAGGUCAUGGCGGUCAACCCGGAAGUGGAGAAGCGGAAAAAUCCAGAGGCAGUAAUGGAAAGAUUAGUAGUAGACGAAGCAGAGGGGUGGCUGAUCGACUGGAGCGGGGCGGACUGGUGUUCAGAGUGGGCUGCCGAAAUACAGCAGCUACCAGCGCCGCGGGAUGCAUCCGGCGAUCUAGCUCCCACACAUUUUCUCGUGUGGGACGACCCGAGCCUGGGUAUAGAAGUUUUAUCAUGCAAGCAGUCCGGGUGGGCGCGCACACACAAUGGGGAAAGCAUGAGAACAACAAUGUUGGGCCACAGGAAGUACGUGCUGGAGGAGAAAAACAAGUUUGUGUGUGAGCGGUGUGGCGGCAUCUUGGCAGACGAGACGGCGCUGCAAUUCCACCAAGCCACCGGCUUUUGCCGCCCAGUAAAAACGCUGAAAGAACUCAGAACCCUGCGGGUCAGCCGCAUGGUGGAAGAGAAGAAAAAGCAAAAGGCGAAAGCCUUGGCGCCGGAAAGCGUCCCGCCCUUCGAGUACAAUGGCGGGGCGGUGGAGAUAGUGGGCUGCUUCAGAUACCUAGGGACAGAAGUCGGGCGGGACGGCAGCACAGAGGGAGAAACGACACGGCGGUGCGCAAUUGCCGCCGGGGUCGUAAAACAACUAGCCCCGGUGUGGCGCGACGCCACACUGCCGACCAGGCUCAAGUCCGACCUCUAUCGGGCGUUGAGUUUGAGCAUAGCGUUGUACAACGCGGAGACGUGGACCACCACAACAGCGCAGGACGCCGCGCUGCGGCGGUUCCAAGACUCAGCUCUUCGCGAAAUCCUCGGGGGCCACUUCCGUAACGAAGGAUAGGAAAAAGCAGGCUCGAGCUCUGCCACGAGCUCGGGGUGCAGCCUAUCGAGGACGAGAUCCGCGCGAAGCGGGUCGCGUGGAUUGCCCACGCCCGUCGGGGAGACGAAAACGAAGGGUCUUUUGCGCGCAUCGAGGCAAAAAUAAAACACAAGACUCCCUGGGGGAGACAAGCGCAGGAGGACUUAGACUACUACGCAAUACCGCUGGAAGUAAUCAAAGAAACAAAGCCGACGGGAAUCGCAAUCCGGGCCACAAUAGACGCAGCCAGGCGCGUAAAGACACCGAAAAAGCCAAAAGGCGCAAAGGCAGGCGCGCCAAAAAGCAAAAAGCGGACAGCGAUGGAAGAAGAGAGACGACGAAGACUAGAACAGCAGCGAGAGGAACAGGAAGAGAGGAACAGGGAAACGCUGCAGCGAAUUAGCGGGAAAGUGUGGACAAAGCGACCACGGUCCAAGUACAGCUUCUUCGUAAAAACGGACGACGGCAAAGAGCUGCAGUUCCGAGUCAGUAGCUUCUUUUUCUGUGAGAACGCGGGAAAGGAGGAGGCGACGGUCUAUGGCUCCAUUUUUAGACAAGACAGCAGUACUAAGAUAUGGGUUGCCGACGACCUGCCCCCCGGCCAGUAACGCCCGCCCGGGCACCAGGAAAUAGUGUCACGCUGCGCAUCCGAAUAUAGCCUUAAGUUAAAGAAAGCCUAUUAGACUAAUAACCGGAUUAAGCAGACAGUAGUAGUAGUAGUAGUAGUAAUGCUGUUGCACAGGAACGAUGCAGAUAGACUCCCAGAUGGUGAACUUCACCAUCUGGGAGUCUAUCUGCUACGCUGAAGGAUGGAGGAAUCUAUCCUUCACUGAAGGAUAGAUUCUCGGAUAGUGAUCGUCAUACCGAUACGCUUUCAAAGGAAAUUGAAAACAACAAAAAGAUGAUGGUCGUCGUACUGAAAAAACAAAAAACAUGAAACACUAAAUGGGAUGAUGAAAACUAUUGGCCUGAGGUGGAACCCCAUGGCGUCGCAUUCCGCGCCUGAACUAAACUUUUAGAAGUUCUUCACAGGCUCUUGGUGCGUCCGAUUUAAAAGCUAAAAGCUUAGCUGGCAAAGCAAUGGUCGAAGGUACUACUAGUCGCUCG